AUGCGUAGUGCUACCGUUUGCCGCAAGACCAACGAAACCAAUAUCCAGAUUGCUCUUUCGCUAGAUGGUGACUAUGUGCAGUUAGAAAAAAGCAUUUUGGACAAGAAUCAUGAAAAGUCUACUUCUGAUAACAAGGCACCAGUCAUCUCUGUUCAGACUGGAAUAGGCUUUCUUGACCAUAUGCUCCAUGCUCUCGCCAAACACGCUGGGUGGUCCCUCAUCGUAGAAUGUGUCGGAGACCUUCACAUAGAUGACCAUCAUAGCGCCGAAGAUGUUGGGUUGGCUUUAGGAAUGGCGUUCCAUCAAGCCUUGGGCCAUGUUCGUGGAGUCAAGCGUUUUGGUAGUGGUUUUGCUCCAUUAGACGAAGCACUCAGUCGAGCUGUUGUCGACUUGUCCAGUCGUCCAUUUGCAGUUGUGGAACUUGGCCUUAAACGAGAAAAGAUCGGAGACUUAUCGUGUGAAAUGAUUCCUCAUGUCAUUGAAAGUUUUGCUCAAACCGCCGCCAUAACCGUUCAUGUAGAUUGCCUCCGUGGCUUCAACGACCACCACCGUGCCGAGAGCGCUUUUAAGGCGUUGGCAGUAGCUAUAAAGGAAGCCAUUUUGCCGACUGGAAAGGAUGAUGUUCCCAGUACCAAGGGAGUGUUAUUUUGA